CCAAACAACAAAUCGAAAAACAAAAAACUCUUGGGAUUUAAGCGGGUUCACAAACAGCAAACAGAGGCAAAGCAAAUGUCAUCUUCUUCGAUAACUAGACAAAGAAAACGCCACGUCAAAAAGGAUGCUAAGCCUUUUUCUUCUAAGUUAACGAGGCAAAAAGAAAGUGUGUUUGGUUUUUGAAAGUCUGUUUGUUCAACUCCCUCCACUCCCAGGUACUGCUUCAAUUUUCAAAAUAAAAAAUGGGAUUUGAUGAGUUGGUAACCUCAAGGGUUUUAAAAGGAAUAACUACAACAGCAACAACAACAACAACGACUACGACAACAGAGACAGCAGUAUCAUCAGUAAUAUCGAUAGAAGCCACAACCAGAAAAGCCUUAACAGCAUUGACGGCGGCAUCUAUCACAAAGAGCGGAGACAACAACAACAGCAGCAAAAACAACAAACAUAAUAAUAGUAUUCUCACAAACGAUAAAAUAACAAUCGAUAACGGCAGCAGCAACAGCAACAGCAACAAUAAAAAUAAAAUUUUUUUAAAAAGGUUUUCCUGUGAAAAUCAACAUUUCAAGGACAUUGCCGUAAAAAAUAUUGCAGUUCAAGUGAAUUGGAGGAGGAACAGCAGCAGCAUCAUCCCACAGUCAGCAUCGCCGGCACCAUCCUCCGCCACAAAGUGUAAAACAAUAAAAAAUAUUCCAGUAAUAGAAUAUCAACAUCAAACAGCAACAAUUCACUACCCCGUAAAAGCUUUAUAAAACAACAAAAGCUGUUACUUUUUUUGUUGUUGUUUCCAACUCGUAAACCGAAACCCAGAAGCGUGGUAGUCAACAGCGGCCAACACAAUGCAGCGUUUGAGGACAACAUUUACGCGUUCGCGUACUCCAACUGGUGCCGAAAUGAAAACUCAAAACAGUCUGGAAGUGCCCAAACAGGUACGCUCAGCGUCUUUCGAUGAAAUGCAACUGGAGUCACAACGAAUGUCCACCCAUUUCCUGAAACAACAAUCCUCAUCGGAUGAACGUUCCUCGGAGGGAGGCUUUCUUCAGGUGCCGCAGGCCAUGCAUGCCCAACGUUCGCACUCGUUUGAUUCGGCUGCAGCUUCGGCGGGUAGUGACGACUCGGGCACAUUCCUCGAGGUACCGCGACGUGGUAAAAAUCGACGCAGUUCAUCGACCAAGACACCGCCACCCUGUAUACACUGCUUCUAUCUGGAGGAGUACGAGAAACAGAUGCGUGCCCAACAACGUUAUCUGAUCGAUCAUCAUGAAAUGAAAAAUCUUAGCUAUAGCAUAACCAGUUCCGAGCUAAGCGAUGACAAUGAAGACGAAACUGCCGAAAUCGAUGAAGAUCUUGUCGAAGAGGAAGAGGAGGAAGGCGAGGUGGGAGAGGGGGCCGAUGGAGAUGUUGGCCUGCUGGAGGAGGGCGAUGCUACUGAUGAUGAUCUACUGAACGCCUGCCCCGAUGACGACAAGCAGAGUGUCGAAACGUUAGAUGUGUACGACGAUGCGGCCCUGGAAAUGGAUAUACGUCUGGGCGGUAUGGUCACAAGUAGUAUAGAUGAGACGCGGGCUCGCUUGCCACGGCAAAUGAGACGUCACACCAUUGGUAGUUCGGUGACCACAUCCGAGGAUGAGGGUCUCGAAGAGUCCGAGCAUGAUUCACCACAUUUCGGCAAUACAUUAAUGCCCCCGCCACCGACCACACCCUGCGGCAUAACAUUCACGCUGUCCCCGACCAACGGUGAUUACCCGCCCUUUCCCUCCUAUUCAUUUCCCAUUGAUCCGGGUUCACCGCCUGCAUCGCCUUCAUUUGCUUUGUCCGUGUGCGAUAGUCCAGUCAUGGAAUUGCCACCGCCUCCACCCAUAUCACCCCUAGAAUUACUGCCACAAGCGCCAUCAUUCGAUGUAACUUUGCCACCACCACCAGCCUUCAGUACCGAUGACUUUUCACCUGCCAUUACUAUAGCCUCCUCGGCCGUCAACGAUGGCUCUAGCUUAACGACCACGCCCAUGCCUGCGCUAGGUCAUGAUGACAUGCCACCACCACCAUCGCCAUUAUCAUCCCCCAGUCAGAGACCACGCCGACGUUCCAUAUCCCGACAAGAAGCUAUAUUUGUUGAACCCACAGGUAACUCGCUGGAGAACGUCUCCCAGGAGGAACAGCUGAAAUCGUCGGCGGAUGGUGUGAAUUCUUCGAUUGAUGAGAUCUCAACACUGGCCAUUUGUGGUUCGCCCGCUCCGCCGGCGGUUGGAGCCACAAUGGCCACAACCACCACCAGCAGCAGUAGCGGCAAGCAUGCCCUGGUUGUGCGUGAUAUUUAUUUAACUGUACCUGAUUUGAGACGUGAUCGUGCCGCCUCGGUUGAUUCGUGUUUUUCCAAAGUAUCGUCGGGCAAUAAAACGGAAGAACUCCAGCCCAGUGAUGGUUGCUUCCUGACCGUGCCCAACAUCAAUGCAACACGUUCUAGGUCGGUCGACAUUGUCCUGCCGACGGAUGAGCAGGCACGUUAUAAGGCCUUGGCUAUGGCCGGCACCACCGCUGGCAUAUAUGGUGAAGGAUUUCUGCAUGAUUUGUUGUUGAUCCACAUAUUUUGUAAUUAUUAA